GCUGCAACACUGCAUCUCCCGACCUCCCAUCACGAAGGUUUAGGUUAUCGUUAUAAACAAUGUUUAUCAAUUGAUCUUCCAUCGACGAAACUUUGCAUUUCUCGUGUUGAGAGGCUUUUUUCUCCAUCGUGAAAAUGUAAUCCGUCGGCGACGGGCCUGGAGCGAGCGAAGUUUUGUGACCGAGGCACCUGCCGGCCUCCCUGAACUUCCCAGGAGUCAAUGUUCCAUUUGGUACCAAGAAAGGGGCGAACGUCUUCUACGAAUAUGCAGACGACGGCAUUCCUCUUCCUCGCCCUCCACCUCGCACUCGCUGUUGCUUACACGAAGAAGCCAAGUGGCAGAUGUGCUCCCUAUGGAGGAAAGAUAUGCAAAAACUAUCUUUCUGGUUUUGUUUGGUUCAAUGAAAGUGGGGCUAACAUUGGUAGCUGGAAGAAUGAACAUAUUACAGCAUCUUUAUGGGAGGAGAUAAUCAGCAAUAAGAAAGAGCCAUGUAAAUCAGCUGCUGCUACAUUGCUUUGUGCAUAUGCAUUUCCUCAGUGUGUGCCCAGAGAUAACGAUUCGGUACCUUUGCCUCUAUGUUAUGAAGACUGCAUUGCAGUCAAAGGAUUGUUGUGUUUUACUGAAUGGGCUCUAAUAGAGGAUAAUAAAAAUAGGAAUAUAUUUCUGAAAUCAAGAGGCCAUUUCACGUUACCAGAUUGUGAAGCAUUGCCAAAAUACAACAAUCAGACUCCUACAUGCUCUUGGACUAAAUUGACAGAAAUAAAAAAAGACGAAGUUACAACGGAUUGUAUUAUUGGUAGAGGUCGUUGGUAUUUAGGAAAGAAAAAUGUAACCAAAGAUGGCAUCCCUUGUCAAAGGUGGGAUUCAAACACACCGCAUGCACAUGAAACGCCAAUCGAUAUUUUUCCAGAGAUUCAAAAUGCUGAGAAUUACUGUCGAAAUGUUGGGGGUGUUUCUGUUAAACCUUGGUGUUAUACUAUGGACUCUAAAGAACGAUGGCAGCCUUGUGAUAUUCCGCAGUGUAAUUUAACAGAGAGUAAAGUGUUUGAAAAAAAUGAGUUAACUAUGGACACAUUUUUUGCGCCGACAUAUAUGAUAAUGUUUGGAGGUGCAGGAUUUAUAACGAUAGUUUUGAUAUUAUUACUAUUUUUACUAUGCCAAAGAAUGGUUCACCAUAGACGAAAUUAUCACCAGACCCCUACUAGAGAUGCUAAUAUUGACUUGGAAAAGUUACCCAGCAAUACUGCUUAUCACACGGCAGGAACUUGUCUCAACCCUAAACUUGAAAAAUUAGAAUUUCCAAGAAACGACAUAAUAUAUGUCCAAGAUUUGGGGCAAGGUGCUUUUGGACGAGUAUUCCAGGCAAAAGCUCCGGGUCUUCUGAAAGGUGAAGAGUUUACAUUAGUCGCUGUAAAAAUGCUGAAAGAAGAAGCUUCUGAAGAUUUGCAGAUAGACUUUGAGCGAGAAGCUUGUUUGUUAGCUUGUUUCGAUCAUCCAAAUAUUGUUAAGCUACUGGGUGUCUGUGCUGUUGGAAAACCCAUGUGCCUGCUUUUCGAAUAUAUGGGACGUGGAGAUCUUAAUGAGUUUUUAAGGUCGUGUUCUCCGAGUAAUUACAUUGUCCAUUCAACAGACGGUGGAGAUUUGUAUAAGGACAUACAAUUGACUACUCCGGAUUUAUUGAAAAUAGCGCAACAGAUUGCAAGCGGUAUGGUUUAUUUAUCCGAUCGAAAGUUUGUACAUAGAGAUCUCGCUACUAGAAAUUGUCUCAUCGAUGAUUCUAUGACGGUAAAAAUAGCUGAUUUUGGCUUAUCACAGAAAAUGUAUCUUCAAGACUAUUACAAAGGGGAUGAACACGAUGCGAUUCCCGUCAGGUGGAUGCCCUUGGAAAGCAUAUUAUACAAUAAAUACACAAUAGAGUCAGACGUAUGGGCCUUUGGAGUGUGUUUAUGGGAAAUAUUUUCAUUCGCUUUACAGCCCUACUACGGUAUGACACACGAAGAAGUAGUCAAAUACAUUAAAGAGGGAAAUGUUCUUCAAUGCCCAGACAACACACCAAAAACGAUUUACACCCUCAUGAAAAGUUGUUGGAAUAAAAAACCAGCGCUAAGGCCUAGUUUUCGGAUAGUUCACCAAACCCUUGAAUCUAUCCUCGAAGACAUGCUUAGGGACCAAAGUCAACCUACUUCAACACUACUCCAACGAAGGAAUGUCUGAACAUCUAGAAUACUUAAUCAUUUCCAAUUUGAAGAUUUAAUAUUAUCCAAUUGACUCCACAGUAUGAGUGUAACCUUUAUACAAAGUGUAUAUUUUCCUGUUUUUCCCUGUUUUUCAACUAUACAAAUCAAAAAAAGUGGCAAGCUUACAAUAGCACUUAAAAAAACUACAUUUUUUAAAAUUUAUUUUAAUAUAAGUGUCUUUAUGUAUUGUCUGUGGAAAAGAAAAAAACAUAUUUUGUAUUUAAAUCUUAAUGUGAUUUGCAAAUAUUCUUACCGUGUUUUUUAAACAUUUAAAAACGUAUAUUUGCACACAAUUUUUCAAUUUGUACAUUUUAAUCAAUUUUUCGAUAAUGAUGACUUCGAUAUAGUACGUUUAUUAUUUAUUUAUCGAUAUAAAUAACAAAUUAUGAAUGUCUUGUUCAUUAUAAAACAGCAAAGAGCACUUGCUGGCACUUAAUUUUUAAAAAAUAAUAUUUUUUAAUAAAUAAAUUUACAUUUACUUUUGAACAGUACAUAUAUUUUUUAAUUUUGAAAAAAAAUUGGUUGUUUAGUGUUAGCAUUCUUAAAAAAGCUGUAAUAAUUUAAUUCUUUAUUAAGAUCAUUAUUUUCAUCACUAGUUGUGAAGCAUGUUUAAUUAUAAAAAUAAUGGUCUUCACCAUCUUUUAUUUUAUUAUAUAUAUAUAUUUUUUUUUUUCGAAAACGUAACUAGUCAGAUCAUACUUGUAAUGUGAUCAUUGGAAAUUUGAGAUAUUUAAAAGCCCACUUAAACAUAAUGGGUGUUACAGAUUCCUCCUCGGACCGUUGACAAUCCACCCGGUCUCCGGGAAACAGUGAACCCUCGGGAUUUAAAAAAAAUAAGUAAAUAAAAAAUAAAAAUUAAAUAACAAUGUCCUCACUAUUAAAAGCAAAAGGGAAAUAAAACAAGUUCUCUUUCAAUAUAGUAAAACAUGGCCAGAAAACAAAAUUGCGCAAAAUAAAAUAAAAGUCUGAUCCUCAUUUUGGUACUUUUUCCUUGUGUUAUGGCGAACUUUGCUCAAAAGUAGAGACAAAGAGGAAACGUUGUUCCCCCCAAAAAAGAUCAUUUUUUUCGCACUCCAACUUGUUUACUUUGACCCGUUCGCGCUCGAGCCUCACCUGUCUUUGCAGGCCUGGAACCACUCCUCGUAGAUGUCCUUGUUCAGUCCCAGCCCCCAAGACUGCCCGCAUGUCUUAGGCCUUGCUUAAUUUUACUGAGAACACCCUUGUAUCCAUCUGAAUCUGGUCGCCCCAGUUCAAAAGAAUUUCACUUAUUUUCCACUUGUAAAAUGGGAUGAGAGUAAUUACAGGAGGAAAUGCCAGGGAAAUAAUUCAGAUCACAGAAAUCGCUUCAUUAAAGCAGAAUGUCAAAAAAUAAAAAGUCCAGUGAGAUGAAGAACGUUCAGAUUUAAUAUUGGAAAUUUAUUAUUUUAAGCUUUUGAUUAGAUAUUAAAACCAACGUACACAAUUUGUAAUUGAAACAAUAUAUAUUUAACAUAAAAUGUGAGCAGAAAUGCAUGCUCAUUUUUGUCAUAAAACUAACGGCUAUAUUUUUUUUUAUACCACAUUGAUUAAGAAGAAAGAAUUCAAUUUUACACUCACACCACUGUUGAUAAAAAAAAAAGUGAACCGCUGUGGUGGAUUUGUUUAUACCUAACUUUUUUUUUAACUAAAAAACAAAUUUGCUGUCACAUAUUUUUGGGACUUGUAAAAAAAAUUAUGUUUUACAUUAUACAAAAUUGUGGAGGCUUUCUACCAGAGGAAAAAAAUGAUCUGAACAUUUGAAGGAAGUGUAAAAUUUAAAAUAUUGUUACUUGUAAUGAACAAUGAUUGGAAAUAUUCGUUUUUCCAGUUGCUUUGGUUAUAAAUGAUCUUAUGAUUAAGCUUAACAUUAAUCAUUAAUAUGUGUGAUUAUUUAAUUAUUGAAAAACAUUGUUUUUCAAAAUUAUUUCGUUUUGGAUGUUAUUGUUUUGCAUUAUUUGGUGAGUGAAAAUAUGGGAGUCCUUUUAAUGUAGUGAAAAUGUUAACUGUUUAUUUUAUUUUAUUUUUACUUGUUUAUGUUAAGUAAAUGUCUUUUAUUAAAGAUUGGACUGAAUAAUGGAAAUUUAAACUUUACAAUUUAUAAUAAUUAUUACUGAGAGCAGUGUAAACAUUUCUUAUAGCUUUACUUGUUACUUAUUACAAUUUUGUAUAUGAUAGAAAUUGGAAAAUUUUUUUUUUGUCAGGGAAAAAUGUCACAUCACAUGUUUUCUAAUUUAUUUUUUAUCAGAAUGAAAAUUCGACCGUACAUUUUGUAAGUAGUAAGUUCUAAAUAAAAAAAUGUGCCAAAUUCAGUACAGAAAAGUAUGCUCUUAUGCAACCUGAAUAAAUUUUACAUUGACCAGGAAGAAAAAAUGCUUGGGAUAACAACCCACGAACCAAAGGAUUAAAGGAUUUCAUGUACCCAAGUAAAUAAAAAAGAAUGCUGUGCCCAUUACCUAAAAAAUAAACUUUAAAAUCAAAUAAUAUCAGAAUGUACAAAAUUCAGAUCUUCACUAUUCAAUUAUAAAAAUUAAUUUCACAUUUUAUAAUUAUAACAAAACAUUGGAGUGAGUCAAUACAGUUGACUGUUUUCAAUUUAUUUUUUAAAAUGUAUGCCUUCCAAUGUUAUUGUUACUGGUAUUGAUUUAAUAAGUGAUUAUUUGUGCUAUUUUAAAUAGCACAUUGUGCUAUUGGAAAUACCACAGUGCACUGUUUGAGUGUUGGCUGAAUAUUCACUGUUCAUGAAAUAAAUAACUUUUGGAAA